AUGGAACAUGAAGAUCUUUCCAGUACUAAUCUGGCCAAUUUUUGGGGAAAUCAUGAUUUUGGUAUGGAGAGUGUCGAAGCGUCGGGUCUUUCGGGUGGUUUACUUUGUUUAUGGGAUAGAGGGAUUUUUGAUGUGGUUUCUUCGGUGAAGGACAAGAAUUUUCUUCUGGUCAAUGGGAGACUAAAAGGGUCUCAAUAUGAAAUUAAUGUUAUAAAUGUAUAUGCCCCUCAAAACGCGGCUGACAAAUUGAACCUUUGGAACAAGAUAAGAGAUACGAUGGAAGGUUUUGAAGGGUUAUGGGUCAUUGUCGGGGACUUCAAUGCGGUUAGGUCUCCAGAAGAACGUAGAAACUCCAAUUACAAGAACACAUGUGCCAAAAACUUUAAUGAUUUCAUUAAUACUGCUGGUCUUGUGGAAUAUAACUUGAACGGUAGAAAGUACACGUGUGUGAGAGAUAAUGGCAGGAAGUUAAGUAAGUUAGAUCGGUUCUUAGUUUGCUCAAAAUUAAUUUUUAAGUGGCCAGAUGCCUGUUUGAGGGGUUUAACGACAAAGUAUUCAGAUCAUUGUCCUUUAGUUUUAACGGUAAAUAAGAAAAAUUUUGGAGCUAAGCCUUUUAGAAUUUUCAGCUCAUGGCUUGAGGAACUGGGCUUUCAGGAGUCUGUUGAAAAGGCUGUUAGUCUCUUGGGAUGUAGUGAUGGGCCUGCGGAUAUCAGGUUAAUGAAAAAAUUCACAGUAAUCAGAAGUGCUAUAAAAGAAUGGAGGUCGGAGCAUCUGAAAAAAGGGAAAUCUUUGCCAAAGCGGAAGAAGAAUUAG